GAUCCUGCUCGUGCAGGUGGGGAUUGUCAGCGUCGCCUGGGAAGCCGUGCACGCGCCCCCCGCUCCCACUCUCCAUCAAGGCGGACGAGCAACGCGCUCGCAACAUGAUCACCGCCACUCAGAGUCCUGCGAGGGCGCGGCGUGCUGCGGCCACGUUUGCCGCGCUACUCACACUUGUGCUGCUCGCGGCUGUGCACUGGAGCGGUCACAGUGCGCCCCGUCUGAUGGAGUGGUCAAAGGACAUGAAGAUCUGGGGCAUCAAGGACAUGAAGAUCUGGGGCAUCAAUGGGGAUGACGACAAGAUCCAGCUCUCCGCUGAUACAGCGGGUAAGUAUCUCAGCACCUACAUGCAGCUGCACCUCGCCAACCCCCGCCCGGAGCCCAAGGAUGUCCCGCUGACGCCCAGAGCCAAGGAUGCGACAAAGCCGCGCGGACCGCGGCGGCCAAUGGCUCUGGCCGUCAGCGGAGGCGGGUUUCGGACGAUGACGGCGGGCAUCGCCUACGGCCGCGCCCUCUCGCAUGCCUUUAAGGACGACACCGUCGGCAUGGACUGGCGGGACUUCACGCACCUCUCAGGCAACUCUGGUGGGCAGUGGUUUGCGACGCAAUUCUCGUUCGGGGGGAAAUUCUUCCAGGACAUCACGCAAUCGGGCGCCGACGGGCGGUUCCGCCCGCUCAAGGACUUCUUCUCCGAGUGGGGAAGGACGUACGCGCAGGGCAUUCUCUUUGGGCCCAAGACAACGGUCAACAUCUACAACGCGUGCCGCGGCAGGGGCAUGACCGACAUAUUCGCGGGAUUCCUGCGCGCAGUCUCGAACCUGCUUCGCGCAGCCAACCUGCCGGCGCAGGAUUGGCACCGCUUUAUCAACAACAUGAUGAGCGGCGUCAUCCCUGGCUGGAGGACCGCGCCCAAGCCCCGCCCGACAGAACCAAACGCUUACAGCCGCGACUUGGACAUCAAGUACGGCGCGCCCCGCGCGGGCUUGCCCGAGGCGGCUCUCAUCCAGCAGAUCGCCAUUCCGCCCGACACCUGGGUCGGCAAGGACGAGGACGCGCAGCUGGUGCGGCUGACGUUGCCGGAGGGCGUGCCCCCAGGUGCCACGCUGCCGGCCGUGCACGUCGCGAAGGCGCGCUCGAGUCGCGAGGGCUUUGCUGGCUUCUUCGCACCGGGGCUGUGUGACGGGCUCACGCUGACAAAGAGGCCGUAUACGUGCGACUGCAGCUGGACGGCGCGGUUCUCGUGCCCAGGGGAGGACCGGUCGGGCCUAAUGAACAGAAUGUUUGGCAAGCCUGCUGCGGACGAUGGCUCUGCGUGCUUCGCCUACUGCUGCGGUGGCGAGGACCACGCGCAGGAGGCGGCGAACCGCACGCUGCGGACGCGUUGGCCGCGGCCCGGAGAUGCGGACGUGAGCGAGAUCACGGCGAUGUCGUCGGCGGCGGCAGGUGCCGCGGCGUCGCCCACGAUUGUCAAGGCCGCCUUCAAGUCGGUCUUCAAGGAUGUGCUUGCGGUGUUUAGCAUGCUCGACAAGAGGGCUUCGGACGCGCCGACUGAGGAGGAGUUCCGGUGGUGGGCGGCGGGAAAGAGCGACGAUGCCUUUUUGGAGAAGCACAUCGGCGAAUUUGUGGACGAGUGCAUGCCGCUCGGCCUCCACCACCUCGCCGUCGACGUCACGCUCAACCGGACCGAGGCAAACCGUUCGAGAAUCGCCUCGUCGCCGCUGCCUCCGUCGGAGGAGCGGGCCUGGAGCCCCUCCUACCGCGGCAUCGACGGCGUGUACGUUGACAACACCGCCCUCGCCAUGACCGUCGCCACAAUGAUUACGGACUGCCUGGCGGGCGACGAGACCCUCGACUGCGCCGACAAAACGCUCGACGUAGUGCUCGUCAACGACGGCAACUCGGACCCCGCUGCCAACGGGCUUGGGAGCUUCUUUAGCGACACGGGCACGCCGGUCGGCACGUACCAUCACUCCGGCGGGCCAAAGGGCCUGGCUCUGGUCCCGUCGCAGAUGAUCUUUGCCGAGCCCUACCCGAAGAACGUUACAAACUACUUCACGCCGAGCGCGAUUGCG